AUGGUCGGGGAGCAGCCGCGCGCCGCGCGGGCGGCGGACGGCGCGGAGCCCGGCCACGGCACGUCCGAGGCGUCGAGGCUCCUAGCGGCGGCGUGCCACGCGCAGACGAGGGGGCACCAGAACGAGGAGUUUCGACAGCAGUUCGGAUUCCUCGCGCUGAUGCUGGUCUGCGGGGCCUGCAUGGUGUACCUGAUGACCGUGCUGCGGUCCAUCCUGCGGCCCUUCCUGUGGGCGCUCUUCCUCGUGAUGGGCGCGCGCUUCUUCUGCCGCCGCGGCCGCCGCCAGCUGCUGCCGUUUUAA